ACCAGCCGCGCCACCACCACCACCCAGCAUGGCUACACGACUGGCCGCUCUGUUUCUGAGAAUCCUUACAUUUGCUUCUCUUUUCGUUUCCAUGAUCAUACUUGUCACCAAUUCUGGAUACAUAGACCUUCCUGUCUAUGAUUUAACUUUUAAAAUUCGCUUCCAGGAUAUUUACGCCUACCGGUAUAUGCUUGCUACAACUGUCAUUAGCAUUGCCUACACAAUCCUGCAAGUUGCUUUCUCAUUGUACUAUGUUAGCACUGGAAAUCGUGUAAUCAGUGGAGAUGGGAGCUUCAAAUUUGAUUUUUAUGGCGACAAGGUUAUUUCGUAUGUGUUAGCCACAGGUGGGGCUGCAGCAUUUGGGGUGACCAAAGAUAUGAAGGUUGUCUUUGCAGGAUCAGGUAACAAGUUAUUUGAUAGGGGUUAUGGCUGUGCUAGUCUCGUCCUCUUUUGGUUUGCCUGUACCGCUGCGUUAUCAAUUUACUCAUCCUAUGCUCUCCCUAAGCGAUUUCAAUAGUCGCUUAAUUUACAUAAAUUCUGCAGUUAUUGUUUGAAGUGGGUUUUAAUUAUGGUUUUAUGACACUCUUGACUCUGUAUCUUCUGUUCUUUGAUUCUGUUUGAAGUUCAUGCCAUUCUCUAUUAAUCUCUGAUCUGAAAUGUAAGUGUAUUAACUGAGCCUUAGCCCAUAGUAAAUAGUUCAAAGCCCAAUGGAAAAGGAUGUCAAGAAGUGGACCCAAUAGAAAAUAGAGCAAAGCGGAGUCCAAUCCAAACUAAACUUUGGGUCUUCAAGUUAUAAGUAAUACCUCCUGGACUCAAUUCUAUAACAUUGUCCAGGCCACAAAUAGCGGAUUAGUUGUGGAUGGUAGUAAAAAAAUUUAGUGAACCACUUGGACCAAACGAGUUGCCCCAAGCCAAUAUGGGCCGAAAAAAUAAAGAGUGUAGAGAAUUAGGCCCGAGUUCAGGCAAUGAAUGUGUUAAGAACUUAAGAUCAAGCACAGAGAAUUUUAGCUCCCAUUUUUUAUUUUUUUUGUCGUGAGUCUCCAUCUUCACAUAAUUGUAAUAAAUAAAAAUAAUUAUUUUUUCCUACGCUUAAUCCAUAGCUUUAUAAUUGAAGUU